AUGGUAAGUAAACAAACCGGCCCUAGUUUAAAGUAUUAUACACCCUUAUCCUGUCCUCUUUCUCCUGGUUAUUCCAUCACCCCAGUCUGUUUCUCUCUUUUUCCGUCUAGUCAUAUCAGAGUAGACGAUCUCGAGCCUCCAGGGAGCAACAGCAUGUCCACUGUGACUCCUGCUACAACCGACGCUGCAGGGCGCGGGUGCAGGCCUCUGUGUGUUGUGCUGUCACUCCCUGCCGCCUGCACUGUGGAGCACUUUUCCACCAGUGCAAAGAAGAGGAGCACCUGCUGCUCUGUCCUAACGUAAGAGUCCCCUGCUUAAACGCUGGGUAUGGCUGUCAGCUCCACAUGCCCCGCUCCUCCAGGGCUGCUCACCUGCAGGUGUGUUCAGCCAGCGUGGUCUGCUGCUCCAUGGAGUGGCUUCGCUGGCCGACUGAUGAAACAAACCCACACAACAACAUCGUCUUGAAGGAGAAUGCGAUGAAGGAAAGAGAGGAAAAAGGGGAGGCCCUGGAUCUCGCCAUGGCUCUGGUGGAUCAGUCAGACCUUUACGACCGUCUGAAAAUGAAACCGCUUUAUCCAGAGCUGAUGGAGGAAGAGGAAGAGGAAAUAAUGGAAGAUGAAGAAGAUAAAAAGGCAGAGGAGGCAUUAGUUGCUGAUACAAAUAACAAUGAAGGUAAAGUUGAGCUUCUUUUGAUGCAGCAUGAUCUCCAAAAAAGUGUCCUCUAAGAAAAAUUGUGUACGCUUGUAAUGUUGCUUUUGGGAAAUGCUUAGAGUAAAGAAUCACUGCGAAAACCAUAAAACCUGAAUGUUGUAAAUAUCUCUAUGAGUGUUCUAAACUCUGGCCUAAAUAGGUCAUACUUUAUUAUAACACAGAAUUUUAAACAAAAUCAAAACUCUCCUGGUGCAGCUCAAAGUGUGGGAAACUGUGUGUAGCGACUGCUUUCCUUCAACAAAAAACACCGCUGGGGUUUAGGUUCGCUUGCAUCUGUGACUCGUUUAAGUAUCAGUCCAGUUUGAGUGUUAAAAAAGUAAUUAAUUGUUCGAAAAAGAGAAAAGAAAACAGUGAUACGAUUAAAUGAGGUUAAAACAGGAUGAGUGAAACGGUGAAAAAUUGUGAAAAACAAUGAAAAAUGGUCAACAGAAAAUCAUCAGAGCUUACCAAACCAUUGUCUGACUACAACAGUGAGAUUUAAAUAACUCACCAAACAUAUCAAAACCACACCUCUUAGUGACAAUCCCCAGAAUUGACGUACAUAGUAGAAAUCAAACUCAACAAAUAUAUUUUGGCUCUUACACUGUGAAAAAGUUAAACAUUUUCUAUCAGUUAUAAGAAUUUGAAACUGUCAUAAUCUGGAUUCGUAACAUGUCAUCUGAAAUAUUUAAAAGUUGGUUUAAUUUUAUCUCUAACAUUUGUGGUCUACGGCUCAAAAUAAUCCAAAAACCCUACACCACAAAAGUUCCAUUGGUUAAUUUCUAAUUUGAUUCAAAAUGAUAUAUCUCUUUGUCUACUUAACAACAUGCAACUACAAUCAUGAAGAAGACUGCGGACUAGAUGAUUGUCCAGAAAACACUCACGUAAGAUAAAGCGUUCCAUAUACUUUAAAUCUCAUCUGUCGUCUUUACAUUUCUAUUUCAGAAUCUGCUGCUGCAGGUGAGAGCGAGAAGAGGGUGGUGGAGUACACUGUGUCACCACCUUUCACCUUAAACCUAAAGAAUUACAACCUGUGUGAGAUGAUGUUCGGCAUGGAGAAAGGUGCAUGUACUGUUGCCCAGGCAGAACACAACGAUCCGAAACAAAACCCACAAAAUGACGAGAGGGCGAAAGCCCAAAAGCAGCAAGGCGGUGCGUCACAGAAGACAUGUGCUGACCAAAAGGACGGAAAGACGCCGGACGCAAACUGCCCUCCGCCAGACACGAGUAAGACAGGGCACGCUCCGUGGCAGGAAGGUGUCCUCGAUCGUCUCGGGAGGGAUCUCACCCCGCAAGAGUACAACAUGUAUGUGGUGCAUCAUGGGCGCAUGCUGGUCUCUUUUGGACAAAUCCCAGCCUGUACACCAAGGGAGAAAGAUUUUGUUUAUGGAAGCCUGGAGCCCAUCCCAGUACAGACCCUACGCUCUUUCAAGGUUAAUAUUCGAAGCUAGGGUGUGGUGCCCACGUGUGUUUCAAUGUAAAUCUGGAGUCUGUAUUGAAUCUUUUGUGACUCUGCCAGACUCUAACUUGAGUCUGGUCCUGCUCAAGGUUUCUACCCAUUACAAGGAAGUUAUUUCUUGCCACCUUAGCUAAUGUUGGAUGGGAUUGGUCAAAUCUUUCCCACCUUAAAGGGAUUAAUUGAUUCAUACAUUCUCCAGUAUGAAGUAGAAAUCAAUGCAGUUAGGUAUCACUUCAUACAGAGAAAUCAUUGUAUAACAAUAUGAUGAUUGUAAUAGAAUACUGACUGUAACAUUUUGAGAGCUUUAGUGAAAGGUUCAAUAUUUGGAUUUGCAGAAAACGAUGUAGGACAUAUUUAUUCAGGGUUAAAUAUUUGAAAACUUAUAUUACGUCUUCUUUCAAGGUCCCUGACAGCUAUCACUACAGGAGGCGGGUUCAUCUGUACGACCUGGCCGCCAGGGCUCAGAGUGAACCUCGAAGCGUUGACACAUCAGACCUUGGGGCCAGUGAGGAAGACUGGUACUCUGAUGAAGCUGAAGCAACCCUGCUUGGCUAUGCGGAGGAGGCUGUCAUGGGCCACAAGGUGAGCCAAAGUUGUGACAGUUUGAUUAAAAAACGGUGCAUUAAAACCUCUGAAUACAUUGUGUAGAUUUCUUAGAGACGGAUGGAUGCCAUCAAAACAAUAUAGGAACAGAGAGACAGUAGGCUAUUUGAAGGAUGGUGAAAUUCUUGGUAAAACGAUAGCCAGUAUUGAAAGUUUAAGCCUUUGCAUUUUAAGAAAUGUAAACCCUUAUUCCUUCUGCAAGAAAUAAACUGGUGUUAUGAUUAAUUGGUCUCCACACAGAUCAGCGAGUCAAAGGCAGCCGACGGGCUUUACGUUGAUUUAGGAACGCAGACGCACUCUUUCCGCACGGCUCCUUUCAAAGCAAAGACAACGCUAGCUGAAGUGACUGUGGACAGACCACUGAAGCUUCGUCUAGAGCUGCAGGCGGAGAGUGUGAACAGCAGACACAACAGAGCCAGCUGCGCCUUCACCUUUAUAUGUGGCCACGCCUUCCUACGCCGAGAGUUCGCCACUCACUUCAGGUGUCUCUGUGAAUACUUGGUUGUUUUGACAGAAUUUGUGAUCUGAAACUAACCUCCUGGUGACUUCUGCAGCCCUGUAACAUGUAUAAUUUUCAGCUUUAAAGCAAUAAAGUUUGAUCUUUCAGACUCGAAAGGCUGAACGUGGACUUACAUGCUGUCUUAAUUGAUAGUAUUUAUGUUUUUUUACCUUUUCCAGAAACGUCCAUUGCGACAUCCAGGCAGGUCUUAAUGGAUGGUUUGAACAGAGGUGCCCCCUGGCGUAUCUUGGGUGCACCUAUAGCCAGAGGAGGUUUCAUCCCUCUACACAGAAAGCCAUUGUCUCCUACAAGUAAGCACAACAUGCAUAGACAAUCACAAAGAGCAGUACUUGUAAUUGUUGUACAAAUGAAGCUCCUCAUUGGUUUGGUGAAUUUUAAGACUGACUUCAUUAAUGCUCAGCUUAAAAACUUGUCCCUUGAUAUCUGACUGAAAAUGAUGUACCCACCAGUAUUUUUUCUUCCCUCCAGUCUGCAGCUGAAGACCUUUAACCUGUGCCCAACACUCGUAGCCUCCGCAAAGAGCUCAGACUCCGCCACCUGUCAAAAGAAGAGGGGCUCUCCAGGAGGAGAGGACCCCUUGAGUUGUCUCCCCUAUGAAGUGCUGUGCCACAUGGCCAGUUUCCUGGACAGUCUGUCCCUGUCCCAGCUCGCUCUGGUGUCAAAGCUCAUGAGGCAGGUGUGCUCCUCUCAGCUGCAGGAGAGAGGGAUGGUCACCCUACGGUGGGAGAGGGAGUCCUGCUCACGCAGAGGAUCCAAGUGGAAGGCCACACCUGUGAGAUAAUAUAUACUAAAUCAGCCAACUCAGCCAUCAUUUCAUUGUUCAUGGUUUUACUACAGAACUUUAUUCAUAUUUUUCAUUUUCUCUCCUCUUGUCUCUGUCCAGGUUUGGGAGUUUAGUUACCUCUUCUCUCCUGUGGACUCGUGGCAUAUGUCAGAUAUCCCUCCUAUUUCUGCUCAUCUGAAAGUCUGUCCAUAUUAUGAGACCUCUCUGCACAGUAAACGCGUCCCUCUUCCCAGCAUGAAUGAGAAACAGGAGAGCAGUGAGGAGAGGAUAAGUCUUGUCAAGCAUUUCACUGGAAACAGAGGGAAACAAUGAAAAAGUCAUUUUUAUUCUCCCUGCUGUGUUUGCUUUAAAGAAAGACUCCUGUAUCAACUUUAGUGAUGACCAGAUUACAACAGGUAUGGUGUUUACACAACCAAACAAAUAAAAAAGUAACAAAAUCA